UAAUAUUCUAAGAAAAAGAAAAGAAGCAUGAUUCCGCACUAGUAGGCCUUAGGCCUAUUAUCCCUUGUAAGCUCUCUCUUUCUUUGUGUUGUUGUCUCUCGUAAUUCUCCAGCUUUCUUCAAUGUCUACUGCCAUUCUCUCUCUCCCUUUCACUCUUAAGCCCACGCGCCACCGCAAUCGCAGCCCCAAUUCCGCUCUCUGGCCGCCGUCUCCUCUGCUUUCUGUCUCCUCCAUUCAUGGAUUUAAGAAGCCAGCAAUAAGCUUCAGCAGUGCCAAUUCCAAUUCCAAUGCUACUUUCGCCUAUGUUACCGGGCCUGCCUCCGACCCCAUUGCCACCGACCCCGACCCAAAGCUCGACGGCGCUUCGGAUUCGGAUUCGGAUUCCCAGGUUCGGGUACUUCGCGUUUUGAAUUGGGGGCUUCUAUGGCGGCUUUUGAGGAAGGACAACCUCCGGAUUGUGGCUUCUUUUCUCACUCUUAUCAGCUGCACCACUUGUACCCUCUCCAUGCCCUUCUUCUCUGGAAGAUUUUUUGAGGUACUUAUAGGUGCAAAAUCUGGGUCUUUGUGGAGGCUGCUGAGUACGGUUGGAAUUUUGUAUGCAUUGGAGCCAAUAUUGACGGUUUUAUUCGUGACAAACAUGAAUUUCAUAUGGGAGAAGGUUAUGGCAAGAUUAAGAGCCCAAAUUUUUGGAAGGUUGCUAAUUCAGAAGGUGGAGUUUUUUGACAGAUACAAGGUUGGUGAAAUUACUGGAUUGUUAACUUCUGACUUGGGCUCUCUUAAGGAUGUGGUGAGUGAGAAUGUUUCAAGGGACCGUGGAUUCAGAGCGUUUUCUGAGGUGAUUGGAACAAUAUGUAUAUUAUUUGCAUUGUCCCCCCAGCUCGCACCUAUUCUUGGUCUGCUGAUGCUUACUGUUUCUUUUUCAGUCGCUGUGUACAAGCGUUCAACCAUUCCUGUGUUUAAAGCUCAUGGAUUAGCUCAAGCAUCCAUGGCUGAUUGUGCAACAGAGACAUUCUCUGCAAUUCGUACUGUGAGAUCCUUUGGUGGCGAAAAGCGUCAAAUGUUCACUUUUGGUCACCAGGUUAUUGCAUAUGAGCGUAGUGGCAUAUCACUUGGGACUUUUAAAUCUCUGAAUGAAUCUUUAACUAGAGUCGCUGUUUAUGUUUCUCUUAUGAUGUUAUAUUGGCUUGGAGGAGACAAAGUGAGAGCGGGCGAACUUUCUGUUGGAACCAUGGCUUCUUUUAUUGGAUAUACUUUUACUCUAACAUUUGCUGUUCAAGGAUUAGUAAAUACAUUUGGAGAUCUCCGUCGAACUUUUGCUGCUGUUGAGAGAAUUAAUACUGUUUUAAAAGAAGAAGUUGAUGAAGCACUUGCAUAUGGGUUGGAAAAAGAGAUGCAGCAAAAAGAAUUCCCCAAUGAAAAAUAUAAGUUGUUAUUCUCUAGUGAUGAUACAGGUGAAAGUAGUCGAUUUGUGAAAACGCAGUACAUGGCGGCCCUCAAAUCUUCUAGCAAUAUUAUCAAUCUUGCUUGGUCCGGUGAUAUUUGUCUCGAAGAUGUGAGCUUUUCUUAUCCUUUGAGACCGGACAUUAAUGUUCUUAAUGGUUUGAAUUUAACCCUUAAAUGCGGGACCAUAACGGCUUUAGUUGGUCCUAGUGGAGCAGGAAAGAGUACAAUAGUACAGCUAUUGUCACGUUUUUAUGAGCCAAAGCAAGGUCAGAUAAAAGUUUCCAGCGAGGAUAUUCGAGCAUUUGAUAAGAGAGAAUGGGCUCGAGCUGUUUCGAUUGUGAAUCAAGAACCCGUUCUUUUUUCGGUGUCUGUUGGGGAGAAUAUUGCAUAUGGUCUUCCAGAUGAUAAUGUAACAAAGGAUGAGGUGAUAAAGGCAGCCAAAGCUGCAAACGCCCAUGAUUUCAUUGUUACACUUCCUCAGGGCUAUGACACGCCGGUCGGUGAACGUGGAGGCCUUCUAAGUGGUGGCCAGAGACAGAGAAUUGCUAUUGCGAGAGCCUUGCUCAAGAAUGCUCCAAUCCUUAUACUUGAUGAGGCGACCAGUGCACUCGAUGCAGUCAGUGAGCGACUGGUUCAGGACGCUCUGAACCAUCUAAUGAGGGGAAGGACGACAUUGGUGAUCGCACAUCGGUUGAGCACGGUCCAAAAUGCUCACCAAAUUGCAUAUUGUUGUGAUGGGAAAAUUGUUGAGCUGGGAACUCAUUUCGAACUUCUGGCUCAGAAAGGUCAGUAUGCUUCAUUAGUUGGCACACAAAGGCUGGCAUUUGAGUGAAUCAACUCUGACAAUAAUGUUCAAAACAACCAUAGAAAAAUAAAUAUUCUCGAACAAAAUCGAUAUAAAUUGAUUGUAUAUAUCAUAAUUGUUGCUAUAAUAUUAUGAAGUUUGAGCAGAGGCCCUUUGAUGUCAUUGAAAAUUCAAAGGUGUACAAGAACAGAAUAUUUCUUCAAUGAAUUUUGUUUGAGAAUA